AUGGAUGUUGGCGAAUUAUUAUCAUUUAAGCCUACACCAACUCCUAAACGCCCUAACGAAGAUGAGUUAGACGACUCUGAUGAAGAAAGUGUGCGUUCUAAGAAGGUACGCCGGCGAGGUGCGGGGACUAAGCCUGAGCAGUUAAGCAAGUCUCUACCUAAAGAGCCUACGAUCACCGAUAAAGAACGCGAAGAUAUUCUCAAAUUUGUAGAAAAUGUAGUUACAGAGGGAGAAGUUUUAGAUGAAGCAGGUGUAAAAAAGUUAGUUUUGAAUUUUGAGAAAAAGGCACUUAAGAAUAGAGAAAUGAGAAUCAAAUUUCCGGACCAGCCUGAAAAGUUUAUGGAAAGUGAACUUGAUUUAUAUGAUGCUCUGCAGGAAUUAAGUGCAGUCGCUACUGUACCAGAUCAAUAUCCCCUCCUCGUAGAGGUUAAGUGUAUUAAUUCACUUUUGGAGUUAUUAUCUCAUGAUAAUACAGAUGUAUCAACGAAGGUUGUAAACUUACUGCAGGAACUGACAGAUGUGGAUAUAUUGCAUGAGAGUGAAGAAGGAGCAGAAGAAUUGAUUAAUGCUUUAGCUGAUGCUGAGUGUCCUGCUCUGCUGUUGCAUAAUCUUGCUCGACUUGAUGAACAAGUACCAGAUGAGAGAGAUGCAGUACACAACUCCUUAGGUAUCAUUGAAAAUAUAACAGAAUUUCGACCAGAACUAUGUGUUGAGGUGGCCAAACAAGGAUUUAUACAAUGGAUACUAAAAAGACUGAAAAUGAAAAUGCCAUUUGAUGCAAACAAAUUGUACGCAACAGAGAUUUUGUCAAUUCUUCUCCAAAAUACUCCAGAGAAUAGAAAACUUUUGGGAGAACUUGAUGGCAUUGAUGUUCUAUUGCAACAGUUGGCUUUUUACAAACGACACGACCCCAGUGGUGCUGAAGAACAAGAAGCGAUGGAGAACAUGUUUGAUUCCUUAUGUUGCGCUCUCAUGGAGCCCUCUAACAGAGACCGAUUCUUACGUGGGGAAGGGCUUCAGUUGAUGAAUCUUAUGUUGAGGGAGAAGAAGAUGUCAAGAAAUGGAUCAUUGAAAGUAUUAGAUCAUGCUCUGGCUGGCCCCGACGGUAAAGACAAUUGUAAUAAGUUUGUUGACAUAUUGGGGUUGAGAACAGUUUUCCCACUCUUCAUGAAAACCCCGAAGCGCAAGAGGCUAUUGACUGUGGACCAACACGAAGAACAUGUUGUCUCAAUCAUAGCGUCGAUGUUACGAAAUUGUCAAGGGAGUCAGCGACAGAGGUUGUUAGCGAAAUUCACAGAAAAUGAUCUAGAGAAAGUGGACAGACUCUUGGAGUUACAUUUUAAAUAUAUGGACAAAGUUGAUAGAGUUGAAAAGGACAUUGAGCAAGAAGCAGAAGACUUGGAUGACGACGCGCAAUACUUGAAACGUCUAUCGGGCGGUUUAUUCACUUUACAGCUUAUUGAUAGAAUUAUAUUAGAGGUGUGUACUGCUGGACCACCAUCGAUAAAGCAACGUGUGCAGAGAGUGUUGUCACUAAGAGGAGGAUCCCUGAAGAUAAUCAGACAUGUGAUGAGAGAAUAUGCUGGAAACCUGGGUGACGAUGGUAGUGAGGAGUGGAGGCAACAAGAACAACAACAUAUUCUACAAUUGGUUGAUAAAUUCUAA